ACUUGAUCAGGGACUACUUGGGUCCAAUAUGACUAAUGUCGUUCUCUAGGUUUUCCUGAAGGGCUGACAUCCAUCCUCUUUGUGGUCACCAACCUUGGGGUGAUCAACUCAACCAUCUUCAACAGCGCAAGCUUGGCGUCGGUCACCAGCCUCGCCCUGGCAAACAGCGGCAUCACAGAAAUGGAAGCUGGAGCCCUCCACGCUUUCCAAAGCCUCACAAAGCUCAGCCUGUAUCAGAAUAGCCUAACUUACGUGUCGGCUUCAUGGCUUUCCAACCCGGGACGUUUAGAAAACCUCACCAUGGCUGAGAACUUCAUCACUCAAAUUGGACCCAACAUGUUCUCCGGUUUGUCCAACCUCAUUACGCUGAACUUGGCCAACAAUCGGAUCCGUGACAUUGCCAGAGGAAGUUUUAAGGACCUGGCCAAGCUGAAAUUUCUUGACCUCUCCGGCAACCAUUUAACGGCUUUGAGGAGAUCCGUGUUCCAUGGGCUAACAACGUUCCCGACCAUGAAGCUGGGUGGCAAUCCAUGGAAUUGCUCCUGCGAACUUCAAGAUUGGGGAUUAUUCCUUCAAGAGAUGAUCAACGCAUCCCUGCUGGAAGACGCUCCAAACGUUGUGUGCCACUCUCCACUGAGCCUUCGAGGAGUCCAUGUUUGGAACAUCUCAGACAUCAAGUGUUUACCUGAUCGUCUUCCAUCUACCUUUGGAAAUGCUUUCCAUAAAGUGGGAUUGCCAGCUUUGCUAGCCUGCUUAGUGUUUAUUUCCUUUCUUGUGCUGCUGUUUUGGAUCUGGACGGUGAAGCGGGGAAACAAACAAGUCCGACCAAGCAAGGAAGUUGUCGACCUGGCCAUUGGUGCAAAAUCAAUGAAUUGUGUUGAUUCUAUAGCUGAAUGUCAACAAUCUAACAAAAAAUUAAAACCCUCUGAGAUAGGCACAGCUUCCAGAAGUCUGAGGCUCAAAGUCCGGGCCAAGUCUGCAUCUGCCAUUUUGCUGCAAACGGAGUUCUUCCAGAGACGUCAACAGACCUCCUGUGCCACUGACUCCAAAUGGGAUCCCAUGACAACAACACCGUAUGUGUCACUGAAUGACAAAAUGUCGUUUGGAAGGGGCAACUUGGAUAUCUUUAUGGAGGGGCGGGAUUACCAGAUGUUGGAAAAGGGAAACAAAGAGGAAUUUCAGAGCCGCUACAAUGUCGGCUCAUUCCUGACCGAAGUAUGUAUAGAAACACCUGGGAUCAAAGCAGAAGCUACCAACCCAACACUGGAAGGUAAUGGGUUUUCAGGAAAGCUUGAGGAGAACGAUAAUAAAAAUGACACUGAUAACCCAGAGCCCUUCUUAUACUUAAGCAUUGCCACAGCUCCUAAAGAACAAGUUGAUGUCAACCCACCAAAAGACCUGAUUCCAAAACCGGAUGGAAACCACUCCGCCGUCUUGAAGCGAACAUUGACCUGGCCUUACGAAAGGAAGUUUUGGGACCAGAAGUCCAAUAUGUUAAACGUUAGAGAAUCCUUCAGAGCACAGCUCUUCAUACCUUCUCCUCACUCGAGUGAGACACCAAUUUCUGGUGAAAUAGAAGGUCAUGAAGCGUGGCUACCAAUCCAUCCCUGGAAAGAGCAUGUCAACGGCAAACAUCAAGUCAAGGGAGAGGCCAAAGAAGGACAGCUUCCACAUGAAAGACAACCAAAGGCAGAAGAAGCUUUUGGAGAGACAAUCAAGCUUGGAACGUAUGAUCCUACCCAACCAAGGAAGGAUGAUCAAAGAGAUUGUGGUGGAUCUGAGCUGGAACCAACCAACCAGUUAGAGUCUCUCAUUCAGAAAGAAUCAGAGGUAGCAGUUAGAGGACUUGCACAUUCCUCACAGUCUAGAGUCAACACAACCAAUAUCAAGAAUGCCCACUUUCCCAAGCCAAUGUCUUCUCAGUCCAGAGCUUGCCAUGCUGUCCGUCCAUCUCCAGGCUCAUCGGUUGAUGCUGCUACUGCAAGUUCUUCCUACGAUGACGCAGCCUCACUGGAAAGCAAUGAAAACAACUACAUGAACCUGCUGCAUGAAGUUGUGGAGAACCGUGGGAGAUGGACCAGAGAACGGUGGAAACAGAAUCGACGGAUGCACUCAGUUCACCAGUCUGUAUCCAAAUCCAAGUAGACCACCAUGUUGGAUUCCAGCAGAAUGCUUCAAGAAGCAAUGUGUGUA